AUGUCCAGACAAGGUUGGGAAGAUUCCGAGUUUCCGAUUCUGUGUGAGAGCUGUCUUGGGAGCAAUCCAUAUGUGCGUAUGCUAAGAGAGAGUUAUGGAAAAGAAUGCAAGUUUUGUGGUCGUCCAUUUACAGUGUUCAAGUGGUCACCAGGCGAAGGAAUGCGCUGGAAAAAGACUGAGGUGUGCCAAACCUGCACCAAGAUCAAGAAUGUUUGUCAGUGCUGUCUGUUGGAUCUGGAUUUUGCUCUUCCUACAAAGAUUCGUGAUGCUGUUUUAGAGUCCCAUGGCGGAAUGCCAACUACAGAUGUUAACACUCAAGUUUACGUUCGCAAAAUGGAGGAGCAGAUGGGAGAUGACAAGGUGGUGAAUCAUGGCAAGGCAGAAUCAGCAGCAAAGGAGAUUCUGAGAAAAAUGGCUAAAAAGUCUUUGGAUCCACAUCAACAGCAGAAACGAAAGGUCAUGUGUUCGUUCUUUUUUAAAGGGAUUUGUAAACGAGGAGAAGAGUGUCCUUUAAGCCAUGAUAAACCAUAUACUAGCGCCAAUCGUCACCAUAAUUCAAACGAAAAAGGACAUGGUUUAAAGCAUACUGGUGCGCCUAGCGAAUCUCGGGUUGCUCAUGGAAUCCCAUCCGGAUCUGACACAGUCACGGCUUCUGUCGAUGCAGGCUUAUCACAGGAAGCAUCUAUAAAAUCACACAAGCCAAAUCAGCGCCGAAACUUUCCUCCACAAUCGCAUGCUCAAGCACAUGCCCAGAGUGAGCGAAUGGAAGCCAAGGCAGAUGCAGCUUAUCCUAGUGCACAGGCGCUCGUAGCAUCCAUGACCCAACUUCCUACACCACCACCUCCACCAGGUCAGGGUCCACAAAUAUUGUAUCCAUCACAAAAUCCAGCCAUUUUGGGAACAACGACACGUUCCUUUAGAUCCUAA